UUUUACAUAAUUUUUUCAUGUUUUGAAUUGAAAACAAAUUUGAUUUUUGAUUGAAAAUAAAGAAUAUAUUUUCUGUAUACAAUUCGGAUUGGAUUCGAAAGUAUAGAUGUGAGAUUCCGAUUUUUUGUUGAAAUACAAAACAAAGAAAGAUAAUUGUUUGAGCGUUGAAGCGAGAGAGAUUUUGUUAACCAAAACCCGAUUCAAAAUGGAUUCGUUUAAAAAAAUCAACGAAUAUAAUUGGAUUGAUAUAACGGAUGAUUUUAAAAAUGCAACCGAAAAAUUAAAACUUGGUGAAUUAGUUCAUGAUGUUAUGUUCAGUUUGUAUGAUGCAAUGGCUGCAAUUGAAUUAAUGGAUCCAAAAAUGGAUGCCGGUAUGAUGAACAAUAAUAAUAAAAAUCAAAAGAAAAUUUAUAAAUUUGAAGAUAUGAUUCAAGAAAAUUUAAUCAAAAUUGAUUCAUUCACUUAUGAAGAAUUGAUUGGAAUUAUUGAUGAUACAUAUUGUUGUUUAGUAACAUGGAUAAAUGGACAUUCAUUAGCACAAACAAUGUUUAUUAAUGUUUUUCUACAUAAUCCACAAUUAAUUUUGAAUAAAACAUUGAAAACAUUUUGUUUGACAAUAUUGAAAAUUAUCGAUAUGAUUAUUACAUUCAUAAGUCGUGCUAAUGUUUAUGAAGAAGAAGAUUUUCAACCAAAAAAUUAUGGAUUCGAUUUGGCUAAUAAUGUAAAUAUAUCGAAAAUAUUACCAAUGCUCAAAAUGAUUGAAGAAGAAAUUCGUACUGAAAUCGAUAAUAAUAAAUCAAUCGAUAAUGAUCAACAACGAAAACUGGAAGCAUUAUUAAUAAGAAUAAAAUUUACGAAAAAUUUUUUCCUCUGUUUUUAUUCAUUCAAACGAUAUUUAAAUCAACAAAAUGCAUUAUCAAUUAAUGAAUUUAUUCAACAAUUACAGGAAAAUCUAAAUCAAUCUGAAUGUUUGAUUGAUCAAUGGUUGGCUACUAUUGAUCUGGGUAUUAAACCUGCAAUAAUAACCAAUGUUGAACAGCAAACAUCAGCAGUAAAUAAACCUGAUUAUCCAACAAUAAUUGGUUUUGAACCAUUAAUCAAUCAACGUUUAUUAGCACCAUCAUUUCCACGUUAUACAAAGAUUAAAAAUCGUAAUGAAACCGUUGAAUAUUUACGUAAAUUAUUACAACGUAUACGUAAAAUAUUGAAAAUUUAUGAAAUUGAUAAAUUUAUUGAUAUAUUAAGAUUUUUUAAUCAUUAUAGUCAACAAAAACAAACAACAGCAACAACAACAACAACUUGUAUUGUAUCUCGUUCAUUAUUACAAUUAUUUUAUCUACCACAAGAUGAUUUUGUUUUUGGUGAACGUGAAUUUGUUAAUGUUAUAAAAGAAUCAUGUAAACGUUUUAUUAAACCACCAAUUCUAUGUGGAAAAAUCCAAAUGGAAUCUGAAACUAAAGAAAUUAUUGAAUCAUUUUUUGAUUUAUGUUCACAAUUUUUUAAAAAAUUAUUACAAAUUUAUGGCCAUAAUCGUGCAAGUCAACGUACAAAAUUAGCAUUAGUAUUUAAAGAAAUUAUUUAUAUUAAUGAAAAAUGUGCUAUAUUGGAACAAAUUCUAUUGAAUCGUUCAUAUUGUGAUCAUCUGCAAAUAUGGAUAAUGUUUUAUAAAUUUUAUUUUGUACAACAAUAUUUAUUUAGUGGUUUUGAAUUGGAAUUAUAUUCAUUAAAUGAAUAUAGUUAUAUUUAUUUUGAAUUAGAUCAUAUUUGUGAUUAUUUAUCAUUAAUAUUGAAACGUGCCUUUGAAAAUUAUAUGGAACAUGAAUUAUUUUUAAAUUCAACAAAUAAUUCAACAAUGAUAAACAACAAUAAAAGUAAUAAUCGUCGUAAAAAUAAAUCAAAAAUCAAUAAUAAUAAUCAACGUAAUAAUAUGAUACAUGAAUCAUUUGUUAAUUAUUAUAAAGGACUGAAUCAAAUGUCGGCUGCAAUGUAUCGUUUAAUGAUUGCAUUUAUAAUUGAUAAAAAAAUUAAAAUAUUAACAAAAAGUUUAAAUAGUGAAGAGAUACGUUAUAAACAUCGUUUUGAACCAUUAUUACAAUCAGAUGGUACAUUACAAUCAUAUAAUAAUUAUCGUGAAUGUUUUGAUAGAUUUGUUGAAUCAAAAAAAUCAACAAUAAUACUUUAUCAGGAAGCAUGUCAUCUAUUUGAACAGGCAAGAAAAUAUUUUGAAUCAUUACAAAAUGAUUUAACAUUUAAUGAUGAGAUUCAAUCAUAUAUAAAAGUUGCUAAAACAAAUAAUAUUGUUUUGAAACUAUUUCUUUCUGGUCACAAUAAUAAGGGUUGUGUUGAAUUUAACUUUAACGAAACACCAUAUUUUCCCAUCAUACGUUUUGGUACAAAUUAAUUCCGAAAAAGACGAGAGAGAUUAUAAAUAUAAUAAACACUGUGAUAAUAUCAUAUAAUCUGUCUUUUGAAAAUUAAAAAAAAAACUUUAAAAUUUUUUGAAUUUUGAAAUUUUUUUGAAUUUUGAAAAAAAAUUUCGAAUGAAUGAAUGGAAUUGACCUUUCCACUGUGUUGAUUCACACAGUUCACACACCACAGGACACGCCUUUAUGAAGGA